AUUUCUUUCAUAUUUUUCUUUCUGUGCCACCAGCGAAAAUCAUCAAGAGACAUGGAAGGGCCCUGCGCCUGAUGAUUGUAUUUGGAAUUAUCGCGUUUGCAAUGGUCAUGGUGGCUGCGGUGGUGCUUUUUGCGGACGGUAUAUCGCCUGAAAAUGACGGUGCCAAUAACCGCGUGAUCAUAAUUUUGGUGGUUGUGGCCGCAUGCAUCAUUUGCUUCUUUGCCGUUGCCCUCUCUUGUCUCCAAUCAGCCAAGAAAAGAGCAAUUGCCGAACUCGGAGAAAACCCGAACGUGCUCCGACAGCAACAGACUCAAAACAGAUCACGCAGAAGGCAUGAAAAGACUACCGGCGGCAACAUGUCCAUGGACAGUCCACCACCUUAUGACUCGCUUUUUGACGUAAGCAACGGUUUCAACUUCCGCAGCUCUGUCUUGGACACUCCGUCUAUUGGCACGUGUACAGUCAGCAUUUACGCGGAUAACAAUUGCACGCCUACGUCAGAUAGCAGUUCACCCUCCGGAGACUCAGGAGGCUGCGCCUGCAGCUCUACGCAAGACUAGUGCUUCCGUGUAGUGCCAUAUUUUCUUACUUAUAUUGUUAGAGACAAUUAAGGACGUAUUAUAAGUGAAUCAAAAUAUUCUACAUUUAAAAAAUAUCUUACAAAAGAUUAAAUUAAUUAAUUGCCAUUUAUUGAUUAAAUAUCAUAUCACAGAUGUGUUACU